AUGGCUUUAUUUCGUACAAUUCAGAAACUAACUGUUCCAGUGCGCACAUCGAAUUCGACUAAUUUAAUGCUAUUAGGGAGACUCGUGUCAUCCAAAGCGGAAACCUUUUUAAGCGGCACCAAUGCGAAUUAUUUAGAAGCUCAAUAUUUAAACUGGUCGAAAUCUCGUGGAUCAGUUGACCCUUCAUGGGACGGAUUCUACGAGAGCGUCAGUGGACCAACUUUAAAAAUAGAAGAAUUUGAAGACGAAUUCAGUCCGAAGACCGUCAGUCAAAAUAAAUCGUCGCAAUCUGAAAAAGAUGACAAGGAAGCGAAAGAACGAAUCAAACUUCAUCUGGCAGUACAGAAUCUCAUCCGAAGUUAUCAGGCUCGCGGUCACCUUUUGGCGAAAACAGAUCCCUUAAACCUGUCUAUAGCAGCGGGAUGGUUACUCAAAAACCAAAAGCCCGCAAUGGAAAUGAAAGGAGUUGACAGUGUUGUAGUGGCGAGAGAAAUUGGCACUAUAUUGUGCGAGGAGCAUAUGGAUACUGUUUUUGAACUACCUGAGAGAACUUGUAUCGGAGGCAAGGAAACAGCUUUGACUCUUAGGGAAAUCAUAAGACGCUUGGAGAUGGUGUAUUGCGGUCCUAUAGGUGUGGAGUAUAUGCAUCUAUUCGACAUGGACUGUCUUCAGUUUAUGAGGGAAAAGAUGGAAACGCCAGGAUGUUUAGAGAGAACUAUUGAAGAGAAGAAACUCAUCAUGAGACGUUUAUCCAAAGCGGUCUACUUAGAAAAGUACUUCGCAACGAAAUGGCCAGCCGAGAAGCGUUUUGGUCUGGAAGGUGGGGAAAGUAUGAUCGUGAUGCUGGAGGAGAUUGUGGACAGCAGCACUCAACUAGGAGUUGAGUCUAUAGUGAUGGCCAUGCAGCAUAGAGGUCGCUUAAAUAUGUUAGUUAAUGUGUGUCGGAAACAGCUGACUGAUAUUUUUGCUCAAUUCAAACCAAUGGAACCUAAAGAGCCGGGGUCAGGAGACAUAAAGUAUCAUCUGGGUACAUUCAUCCACCGCUUCAUCAGGAAGACGAAUAAAUAUUUGAAGGUGUCAAUGAGCUGUAAUCCAUCUCAUUUGGAGGUCGUGUCACCGGUUGUAGUCGGAAAGGCUCGUGCUGAACAACAUUGGAAGGGGGACAAUCAAGGCGAUAAGGUGAUGGCGAUCAUAAUGCACGGUGACGCGGCCUUCUCCGGCCAGGGUGUAGUGUAUGAGACCCUUCAACUCGGCAACCUACCCAACUUCACCACUCACGGCUCCAUACACAUAGUGUGCAAUAAUCAGAUCGGUUACACUACGGACCCGAGGUUCGCUAGGAGUUCGCCUUAUUGCUCCGAUGUAGCGAAAUGUAUGGACGCGCCGGUGUUACAUGUGAACGGUGAUGACGCGGAGGCUGUGGCUCACGUGGCGAAGGUGGCCAUAGAGUUCAGAUGCAAAUUCAAGAAGGAUGUAGUCUUGGACCUGGUCUGCUAUAGAAGGUUCGGACACAGCGAGGAAGACGAACCGAUGUUCACGCAACCAUUUAUGUACAAGAAGAUACGAAGUAUGGAGACUGUUGAUAAGAUUUAUGCGAAAAAAAUACUGGCAGAGGGCUUCGUAACGCAAGCGGAUAUCAAUAAAUGGGAAAAGGAAUACAACGACACUUUGAACAAACAUUUCGAACUGGCGAAGAAGGUUACCAAACUGAGCAUAAUGGAUUGGAUCGACACGCCAUGGACCGGGUUCUUCGAAUCCUGUGACCCGAAAAAGGUAAAAGAGACUGGAAUUUGCGAAACAUCGAUAUCAACAAUAGCACAACACUUUUGUAAAGCACCGGAACCUUGGGCUUUCGAAGUUCAUAAAGGCAUCCACAAGAUUUUGGAAAAGAGGGCGAAGAUGGUAAAAGAUGGAAUUGCAGAUUGGGCGAUGGGAGAAGCUCUCGCCUACGGUUCGUUAUUAAGAGAUAAAGUACACAUAAGACUCACUGGGGAAGACGUAGAAAGAGGGACUAUGGCACAUAGACAUCAUGUGUACCAUCACCAAGGUGUAGACGGGGCGACGCACCGAGUAUUGGAUACUUUGUACGCUGAUCAAUCACUGUACAGCCUUCACAACAGCUCGUUAUGCGAAUUUGGUAUCUUGGGUUUCGAGGUCGGUUACUCCUAUUCCAGUCCGAAUCUACUUACUAUAUGGGAGGCCCAGUAUGGUGAUUUCGCGGACACAGCUCAGCCGGUUUUCGACACCUUCAUUGUGAACGGAGAAAGCAAGUGGGUCUGUCAGUCGGGCCUUGUGGUGCAACUACCACACGGCAUUGACGGAGCGGGACCUGAGCAUUCUUCAGCGAGGCCGGAAAGAUAUUUGCAGCAAGCUGAUGAUGAUGAAGAUGUUAUACCGGAUCUCGAUGACAAGAAUAUGCCUCUGAACCAACUCCGUGCCGCAAACUGGAUUGUUUGCAACGUGACUACACCAGCCAACUAUUUCCAUUUGAUACGAAGACAAAUCGCAUUGCCCUUCCGCAAGCCCCUCAUACUCAUGACUCCUAAAGUUGGCCUCAAACAUCCUUACUACACUUCACCAUUUAAAGAUUUCGUGCUUGGAACUCAGUUUCAGAGGGUAAUAAGAGAAACCGGUCCUGCCAGUAAGAACCCCAAAGAUGUAAAAAAGCUAAUAUUCUGCUCCGGCAAAGUCGCCAUUAUAAUUGAUGAAUUGCGGAAAGAGAAGAAGCUACAGGACAAGAUUGCAUUAUGUCGCAUCGAACAACUAUUCCCGUUCCCAUACGACCUAAUACUUAAAGAGUUCUGCUUUUACCCCAGCGCUAAAGUAGCAUUUUGUCAAGAAGAACAUAAAAAUCAGGGACCGUGGACAUUCGUCAGGAAUAGACUUGAAAACCUCUUUGGGAAAAAAGUGGAGUGUAUUUCAAGACCGCCCAGUGCUGCGUCAGCCACGGGUAUUAAAUGGAUACACGCAAAAGAGCUUAAAGAAUUGAAAGAAAAAAUUAUCGCACUGUGA